AAUUUUCUCAUUACAGGCACCACCGAACAGUACUAUAACUACAAGGGGACCGAUAGUUUGGUCUUGCUAGCAUGCGGCAAUGCACACUAUCGGUUUACUUUAAUCGAGAUCGGUGCUGAAAUAUGCCAAAGUGAUGGGAGUAUAUUCCGGUAUAGCAACAUUGGCCAACGAUUCAAAGAGGGUUCACUUCAACUUCCUCCGCCACAAUCUGUUUAUGACAGCAGUGGACCUAUUUUGCCUUUCAUAUUGGUCAGCGAUGAAGCUUUCCCACUGUCUAAAUAUGUGAUGAGAUCAUAUCCCCGGAGUUCUGCACUAAAUAGAACGAAAAAGGUUUUCAAUAAUAGGCUGAACAGGGCACGGAGAGUGGUAGAAAGCGCAUUUGGAAUUAUGUCAGCGAAGUGGAGCAUUUAUCGUCGGCCAAUUAUUGCAUCCAUGUCCACUGCAACGAAAAUUGUUCAAGUAACAUGCUGCUUGCACCACUACAUUGUAUCACAUGAGGCUGAAAUGUCCAGUGCACAGGGAUUUUACUCGAUCCUAAGCACCGAAGAACGUAGCGCCGGUUCUUAUGCCCUCCGUGAUAUUGAAAAUGCUGGUUUGGCAUCAUACAGCGUUCAUGUAACACGCGUCAGUGAACAAUACGCGAAUUUUUUCGGAAAUAAAGGUACAGUGCCCUGGCAAUGGGAGAAAGCCAUGAGGAACCACUUCUAAUAUAGUAUUUUUUUUAGAUUAUUUGUAAUAUAUGGAGAAAAAUGAGGUUGUAUUGGUUGUUUUUUGGGCUUUUUUUUUUUUUGCAUGAACAAUUGCUUACUUACAGGACCUCCAGAUGUAUUCAUUUUUGUAGGUAUGUACAUACAUACAUACAUACCAAUUAUC